AUGACUGCACCGCGGCUGACUGCACCGCAGAUGACUGCACCGCAGACGGCGUCCUUGAGUCAGCCGUCGCCACGUCAACCUUUAUUGGGUCAGCCGUUGACGUCUUCGAGCAACUUGGGAGGCGAGCCGUUGGGGUCACCAUCGCCGUCGGGGUCGCCGUUGGGGCGUGUGUUGCGCCAGGAUUACGACCCGGUGAGCGGCCAGUACAUCAAGUACGUCGAGAAGCUGGUUCCGGAGGAGCGGAUUGUGGAGAUUCCAGUUGUGCAGUACGUGGACGUUGUGAAGGAGGUGCCUGACGUUCAGGUGAAGACAGUGGAGAAGGAGGUUGAGGAAUUGUAUGUGGACGAGGUGGUUCGUGAGGUUCCUAUAAUUCACGAAGAGGAAGUGCUGAAACACGUUUCGGUAAAGAAGGUGGUACAGGUGCCUGUCGAAAAGACGGUAGAGAAACCCGUCGAUACUGUAGUAGUAAGGGAGCAGGUCGUGGAGAUACCAGGUGAGAUUAUUGAGCAAGAAAACCAUUUCGAAGUUCAGAACAAGAUUGUGAUUCCACGGUACCGUGACCAUAUCGUGCCAACUGUAUACCGACAGAUUGUGCAGCCAGAGUUUAAAACAGUGGACAGUGCCGUGGAUGUGCCUGUCUACGACUAUGACCCCGUUUUGUGUAAGGUUCUAGUGCAUAUUCCAAAGCCCGUUAAACAGCCGGUCUGGUUUAAUGGUCUCAAAGCUCAGGACCACAAAUGGAUGUCUCCGAAUGCGCUAUCCAAUGGGCAGUAUAACGGACUGGUUCGUUCUUGUAACCAGUCGCUGGUAGAAGCUAGCGGACAGAGUGACAAGUAUUUGACAGGUUUGCUCCUGGAAGAUUUCACCGGCAGGCCCAUUCCUAGCAGUAAUGAACCUAUAGACAUCCAGAUACGGAAGCCCGUACCGCCCUUGAGGUUACCCAAGGGGCCAAGGCCAGAUCCUCGAGUCAUCCAUAAUAGUGUAUACGUAAACGCAAUUGCCCGUGAAGCUGGUAGCUUGACCAGGAAGCCAAACCCUGACUUCAUACCCGCCAUCGGAGCUCUCAAGACCAUGCGGAAUUUCAAGUACUCCGACCCUACAUACGAACGAUACCUGAAGGACCAUCAUAACUAUUUCGGAACCACUGGACAAGUCCUUAACUCCACUCGGAACGGAGCGGUAACUGCUCGUGGAAUGACUCCCUAUCAUGCCUCCUCCCCACCGGUCACAAAUCACGCAGGAACGCCUGCUCUGGAAGCAGAGUCUGCGCCGAAACGGCCAAGUACCGAAAGGCUCGGACCUGUCUCCAGAUCUGCACCCAGAUCUAGACCUAGGCUUGAGACCAGAUCUGCAAAUCAUGCCAGUCCUAUUACCAGCUAUCAUGUGAGUCCUCAAAGAACGGGCUCGUCAACCAACAAGCAUGCCGCACGCAAGUCCUUCGGUGCAGACAUCAAUUAUUCUAACAAAACCAACUUAGAGGAAUUCGCCAGAGUCGCUCGAGCUGCAACGGAUUGCCGCACACAUAGAGUCCAUAGCGACUCUCCACGGAAAGCACCAACCAUCAAAUUAUAG